AUGGGGCGCCUGGAGCUGCUGGUUUUGGGCUUUGCCUGCUGCCUGGCAGCAGUGAGCUCGGCAAAGCUGGGUGCCGUGUACACGGAAGGAGGCUUCGUGGAAGGCGUCAACAAGAAGCUCGGCCUCUUGGGCAGCUCUGUCGACAUCUUCAAGGGCAUCCCCUUUGCUGCUGCCCCCAAGGCCCUGGAGAACCCCCAGCGACACCCCGGCUGGCAAGGGACCCUGAAGGCCAAGGACUACAAGAAGCGAUGCCUCCAAGCCACCAUCACCCAGGACAACACCUACGGGUCUGAGGACUGCCUCUACCUCAACAUCUGGGUCCCCCAGGGCAAGAAGGAAGUCUCUCGGAACCUGCCUGUCAUGAUCUGGAUCUACGGAGGUGCCUUCCUCAUGGGGUCGGGCCAUGGGGCCAACUUCCUCAAGAACUACCUGUACGAUGGGGAGGAGAUAGCCACCCGGGGCAACGUCAUCGUGGUCAACUUCAACUACCGCGUCGGGCCCCUGGGCUUCCUCAGCACCGGGGACUCCAACCUGCCAGGUAACUACGGCCUUCGAGAUCAGCACAUGGCCAUCGCCUGGGUGAAGAGGAACAUCGCGGCCUUCGGGGGGGACCCCAACAACAUCACCAUCUUCGGGGAAUCCGCUGGAGGCGCCAGUGUCUCUCUGCAGACCCUCUCUCCCUACAACAAGGGCCUCAUCCGGCGAGCCAUCAGCCAGAGCGGCGUGGCACUGAGCCCCUGGGCCAUCCAGAAGAACCCUCUCUUCUGGGCCAAAAGGAUCGCCAAGAAGGUGGGCUGCCCUCUGGACGAUACCGCCAGGAUGGCCAAGUGUCUGAAGGUCACCGACCCCCGUGCCCUGACGAUGGCCUAUAAGAUGCCCCUGGCAGGCAUGGACUACCCCAUGUUGCACUACCUGGGCUUCCUCCCUGUCGUCGACGGAGACUUCAUCCCCGAUGACCCCAUCAACCUGUUCGCCAACGCGGCCGACAUCGACUACAUCGCUGGCACCAACAACAUGGACGGCCACAUCUUUUCCACCAUCGACAUGCCAGCCAUCGAGAAGGACAAGGAGAAAGUCACGGACGAGGACUUCUUCAAGCUGGUCAGCGGGCUCACCAUCACCAAGGGGCGCAAGGGGGCCGAUGCCACCUUUGAUUUCUACACUGAGCCCUGGGCCCGAGACGCGUCCCAGGAGGCCAAGAAGAAGACGGUCGUGGACUUCGAGACUGACAUCCUCUUCCUGAUGCCCACGAAGACCGCCCUGGCCCGGCACAGAGCCAACGCCAAGAGCGCCAAGACCUACAGCUACCUGUUCUCCCAUCCCUCUCGGAUGCCUGUCUACCCCGACUGGGUGGGGGCCGACCACGCGGACGACAUCCAGUACGUCUUUGGGAAGCCCCUCAGCACCCCCCUGGGCUACCGGGCCCAGGACAGGACUGUCUCCAAGGCCAUGAUCGCCUAUUGGACCAACUUCGCCAGAACUGGGGACCCCAACAUGGGCCACUUGGCUGUCCCCACACAUUGGGACCCCUACACCCUGGAGAAUGGCGAGUACCUGGAGAUCAACAAAAACAUAGAUGACAAGUCCAUGAAGCAGCACCUGAGGAGCAACUACCUGCAGUACUGGACCCUGACCUACCAGGAACUGCCCACAGUCACCGAGGAUGGGACCGCGCCCGCGCCCCCGACGGACGACUCCGAGGCCGCGCCCGCGCCCCCCACGGACUCCGAGGCCGCCCCCGUGCCCCCCACGGACGACUCCGAGGCCGCGCCCGCGCCCCCCACGGACGACUCUGAGGCCGCCCCCGUGCCCCCUUCGGGUGACUCUGAGGAACCUCAGAUGCCUGCAGUCAUCGGCUUCUAA